GCCUCGCAGCCGAAACUAGUCGAUAUCCGAAUAAUGGAUAUUGACGAAUAUUUAAAAAAACACCGCGAAGUUGUUUUGCAUUGUUGUGGCUGCGUUUGCAAAUAUCCGUGGUAUUGAUUCUGCGUAAAUUUGUUUCUACUAACAAAAGUCUAACUGGGUCGACGAAGUCACAGAUGGCUACAAAGAAGCUGGCAAAACAGCUGGGAUUAAUAAGGAAGCGCAGUCAGUCCUCCACUGGACUGAAGAAAACACUGAUAUCCAAUCAAAUAUUUUCGUACCUGAUUGUGAUUGAUUUUGAGUCAACGUGCUGGAAAGAAAAAAACAACUACGCCCAAGAAAUCAUUGAGUUUCCUGCUGUUCUGCUGAACACAUCUACAGGAGAGGUCGAGUCUGAGUUUCAUACCUACGUCCAGCCCCAAGAGCACCCCACUCUGUCCAAUUUCUGCACGGAACUUACUGGGAUUACACAGAGGCAAGUUGAGGCAGGGGUUCCCCUCAACAUCUGUCUCUCUCAGUUCAGCCGCUGGCUGCAAACCCUGCAGCUCAAAUUGGGUGUGGUCUUCCCCGGGGAACAGACAGGUUCUUCAUGCUCAGCCUCUCCAAAACCAUGCACUUUCCUCACGUGGUCAGACUGGGACCUUGGUGUCUGUCUGCAGUAUGAGUGUAAGCGUAAGCAGCUCCAUAAGCCUGACGUGCUCAAUAGCUGGAUAGACCUGAGAAGCACUUACAGGCUAUUUUACAACAGAAAACCCAAAGGUCUGAAUGGGGCUCUGCAAGAUCUAGGAAUCCAGUUUUCUGGGCGAGAACACUCUGGUCUGGAUGAUGCCCGAAAUACAGCUCACCUGGCAGUGAGGAUGAUGAGGGAUGGGUGUGUAAUGAGGAUUACCAGGAGCCAAGAGAGGACCCCACUAAUGACCAAACCCCAGUGUGGAAACACAACUUGCCAUGCGGAAAACAAGACAGAAAAGCACAACAGCAAAGAGGGAGAGGUGCUUGCUGCAAUCAAAAGCUCGUCAUCCAAGACUCCUCUACUAUCUUAUCAGCUAAAGUCAUGUUCAGGCAACAUUAAAAGGGCUGUGAGGACAAAGGAGAACUCUGAGUCAGUUCAAGAAUCUGGUCCAGUUUGUCAAAGCCUGGUGUCACCAAAAACACUUCUGAACAGUGCAAGUGUGCCACCGUGGGGGAGGAGCAGCAGCAAGUCAGUCACAAACCUUUCCUCCUCGAUUGUGAUAAAUGGUCGUUCACCACACAAUCACGGUAACAGCCUUGUUCUGUGCUCUACCACAGUGAAUUGCCUUUCGCCUCUACCUCAGCCAAACCAAACCUCCAAAACAGACGUAACAGUAGAAGUCACAGAGGAAGAGGAAGGAGCUGAAAUUUUAUUGGAAAAUGAGGAGGGGCGUGGUUCGUAUGACGAUGCAGUGUUGGAGGGUGACGAUGUCGUUAGUGAAUUAUAUAAGGGGAAUGGAAAGUAUGACGGUGAGGGCAUAUCAGAUUUUGACAGUGGAUGUUCUUUGUGGAAAGAGCCAAAUAAUUCACAUUCGGUCUGGGGUCAGCCUAUAUUAAGGUUAAAGUACAAUAAAAGUACUGAAAAAAACUUGGGCAUUACUAAUGCAUCAUCUAUUACUUCUGUAUCUACAAACUCGGAAGACUUAAGCAAGACGAAGUCGCACUCCACUACCUCACUGACAGAUGUAACUUUUGCUGUGCCUACAGCUGCUAAUUUGAAUUUGAAAUCUGCCUCCAUGUUAAAGCACACUGAGGUGUGUGGUACAACCUCUUCACAACACCAAGCUGAGUCAAAGGCAUCUGAUAAGAGCUCUAAAACAGUCAACUUGUCUUUCCUGUCCAGGCCUAAGCCACUGGCCCAAAAAAAGACCUCUAUCCCGAAUAUUUCAUUUGCCCGUCCCAGAGCAGUCAUCACACAACACAACACAACUGGCACAUAUUUGAAAAGACACAAAGAAACUUCUUUUACGAUCUACUCUGACUCAACAAAUCCAACCGCAGCCUUCUCUCGUUCCCUCUCCAGUGGCUCUCUCCCACCGCAUGCUCUCUCCUCUUCCUUAGCCAACACCUCCUCCUUGUCUACCAGCUACUCCUCCAAUUCUCUGGCAUCUAGGACAGGAGUGCCUAAGAUAACAUCCCCAUUGUGUGCAUGUGGGCGCCGUGCAAAGCGCCAGAUCGUGUCCAACGGUGGGCCAAACCAUGGGCGAGUGUUUUAUUGCUGUCCAGUCCGCCGGUCAGGCAAUGGGACAAAGAUCCAGAAGGGAUGCCAGUUCUUCAAGUGGGAGUCAGCUUUGAUGAAGAGCAGUUCACUGGCUACUCCAGCUGUCGGGUCCUCUGUGUCGCUCUGUCAGCUCAGCACAAGUCUUCUCUGCCGGCCACCACAGAGGUCGUCACUUAGAAAGAGCUGUUAACCUUUUGGAGGCAAAGCUUACAACUUGUCCAUUCUCAAAACCUCAUAAGACUCAUGGACUUUUAGACCUGAUAUUCCUCAGUCAGUACUCACAAAGCUAAUUACUGAAGUAUGAAGUAUAAGUAGUGAAUGUCAGCAUUUUAAUAGUUAAAAUAAGCAUGAUAGGGCAAAUGGUCAUGCAGCAAUGAUUUUUUUGUGUGUGUGUAUUAAAUAAAUAUACCUAUGUUUUAUUUGUAUUGUGGUUUGAAGGAGUCAGAUAUUUUAAUUUAAUAAAUUAUAUGACUAGAGAUUGUAUCCAAAACUUUUUCAUCUGCCAUAAAGAUGUGUUCCGCAGUAAUGGUGAAUGUUGGCAUUUUAAUUAUUGAAUGAGCAUGAUAGUCAUGGUCAUGCAGUAGUCUUAUCACUUUUUGUGUACUGUUCAAUAACUUUAUAUGCUUUGACGAAGGAAAAUGUCUUGUUAUAAUAAAUUAUGACGAUUUGUAA